GAACCAAACAAACCAGCAAAGCACCAACCCUUUGAUCAUCUAUAUAAACCAACUCAUUCUCAAAAUCAAUCUACAUUUAUUUCAUUUACAUUUUCCUAAAAAGGUAUACAAUAAAAAAAAAAUAGUUUAUUUUCAAAUAAUAAGUUCUAUUUUCAAAUAGUCACGCAAACAGUACAGUUUGUACUACUUUUUGUGACAACUAGAUCCGGGCGGAGGGAUUGGAGUAUAUAUAUAAGGUUAAUGUAUUGAGUUAAUUAUUUUGGGGUUUUGUGUAGGUGUUGAAAAUAGAGAGAUGGAAUUCAGUUUUGUGUGUAAGGUGGUGAUAUCCAUUGUAGGGUUGAUAUGGGUAUUAAAUUUGGUGGUGAGAAGAGUAAAUAGUUGGGUUUAUGAAUCUAAACUUGGGGAGAAGAGGUACAAUUUACCACCAGGUGAUUUAGGCUUCCCUAUCAUUGGCAACAUGUGGUCUUUCCUAACAGCCUACAAGUCUUCUGAUCCUGACUCCUUUCUCAACUCUUACUACUCCAGAUUUGGCAAAACAGGAAUUUACAAAGCGUUCAUGUUUGGGAAUCCAAGUGUAAUGGUGACAACACCUGAAACAUGCAGAAAAGUCUUAAACGAUGAUGAACAUUUCAGGCCGGGUUGGCCGCGCUCAACGGUUGAGUUGAUCGGUAAGAAAUCCUUCAUAUCGAUCCCCUUCGAAGAGCACAAGCGUCUAAGGAGGUUAACUGCAGCUCCUAUCAAUGGACAUGAAGCACUGUCAAACUACAUAGAAUACAUAGAAAAAAUUUCGAAAAGUAGUCUAGAUAAACUGAGCAAAAUGGGAGAAAUCGAGUUUCUAACUCAACUUCGGAAGUUAACUUUCCGUAUAAUCAUGUAUAUCUUUCUAAGCUCAGAGAGUGAGCCUGUGAUGGAGGCUUUAGAAAAAGAGUACACAACACUUAACUAUGGUGUUAGAGCUAUGGCAAUUAAUGUCCCCGGAUUUGCCUACCAUAAGGCACUUAAGGCUCGGAAGAAGCUUGUGGCAGUGUUUCAAGGAAUUAUAGAUGAACGAAGGGCGUUAAAGAGAGAUGGUGUUGCUGUUAAAGCCAGGAAAGAUAUGAUGGAUGAUCUGCUUCAAGUUGAAGAUGAAAAUGGCAGAAAAUUGACUGAUGAAGAUAUUAUAGAUGUUUUAGUCAUGUAUUUGAAUGCAGGACAUGAAUCAUCUGCUCAUACCAUUAUGUGGGCUACUGUCUUAUUACAGAAACACCCUGAAUUUUUACACAAAGCUAAGGCAGAGCAAGAAGAGAUUGUAAAGAACAGACCAGUUGGACAGAAAGGACUGACUCUGAAAGAAACCAGAAAAAUGACUUAUUUGUCUCAGGUUGUAGAUGAAACACUUAGGUGGGUAACUUUCUCAAUGGUAGUCUUUCGCGAGGCCAUAUCAGAUGUCAAUAUAAAUGGUUAUACAAUCCCUAAAGGAUGGAAAGUGUUGGCAUGGUUUAGGCCUUGUCAUUUAGAUCAUGAAGUCUGGCCUGAACCAAUGGAGUUCAACCCCUCCCGAUGGGAUGACCUUGCUCCAAAAGCAGGGACCUUCCUUCCCUUUGGUGCUGGGAGCAGGCUUUGUCCAGGAAACGAUCUUGCUAAGCUUGAAAUUUCAAUAUUUCUCCAUUAUUUUCUCCUUAAUUACAGGUUGGAGAUAGUUGAUCCUGAGUGCAAGGUGCAAUUCUUGCCACACAGAAGACCAGAAGAUAACUGCUUAGCAAGAGUCAAAAAGAUAUGAGCUUCUGCAGACAAAUAAAAGCAAGGAGUUGUAACACUGAUGCUUGGAAUCAGAACGCAGCUUUUUUUUUUAUUAUCGUUUUCCAAAUUUGGUAAUGUUUUCAUGUUUUGAUCAUUCUGGCAACACUAGUAUUCUACCGCCAUUGCCACAUUAUUGUCCUGAGUAUUAUUAUGUGCGUUUUAUGGACUAAAUUUCAAAUAUUUUGUCAAA